GAGAAAGAGAGCGAGUUAGGUCAGUGGGCUGUCCUCUGUGUAUGUGAUUAUCCUCUACCGGUCUUCAGCUCUUUCACACUCACUCUCUCUCUCGCUCUCUCGCCUGAGGAGCCGGACCCCGACAGCAGAUCCUGAACUGCCUCUUGUUUCAGGCAGACCUGAAGUUUUAUCACCACCAUGGACCCAGACUCUUUUCAGAGUCCGCUGGGCUCGGAGUCUCAGGAUGAAUGGGGGAGCGGGCUGUGGAUGGAUGCAGAGCAUGACUCCUCAGAUGAAAGAGGAAGAGCUCCCCAGGCCCAAGAGGAGGAUUCACACUCUGUUUCUCCUCAACAACAGCAGACAGGUGCAGAGAGUCCCUCAGAAGCUAGGGCUGAAAGUUUUCCUCUUCCACCUCCUCCCAGCAGCCUAACUGGCAUGGACAACGAAACCAGAGAUGAGGAGUGGCCUCCAGUACCAGUUCAAGCAGAUAAAGCAGUGGACAAACACUCUGAAUCUCCUGAGGGCUCAGAUUCCAUCGUGUUUCUGUCAGAAGAUAGCGAAGAGCAAGGGAUAGACUGCAAACCUUUGGAUUUUUCUUCUACAAGAGAGCAAUGGGUAAGGAGGGACAGCAGCAGCUCCAAACCUCCAACUCCAGCCUUCUCCAGAAGCUCUUCCAGAGGCCUCAUCACUGAAGAGCACCCUGAUGUAAUCCAUGACCAUCAGGGGGAGCCAGAUGCACAUAUUCCUGCUCCAGACACUGAGAGCCAGGAAGUGCAACAGGUGUGCAAACCCGCUCCACCCCUAGAGACAGUUGCUGGUGAACAAAGAGCCAAUCCGGAUCCUGGAAGCCCAACCUGUGGUGCUAUUGUGGUGAAAGAGCCUUUGAUAGAGGCAACAGGAGGGUGGAGGGAGGGAGGCAGGGAAAGUGAGCAAGCAGACAGAGUGAGAAAGCAGACGGUUUCAGGUUCAAGCACAGUGGACACGAGAAGAGAGAGUGGGGCUGAAGAGUUUGGGACAGAAACGAAGAAGCUGACGCCUACUGAUGCUCAGGAAGCAAAGACAUCUAACAGAAUGGAUCUGGAUCAAUUUGAAGACAGUCAGAGUGAUAGUGGGGUUUCUGCAGAUUUCUCCCCAAACAGCACCACGGAUGUCUCAUCCACUUCUGUUGCCUCUUCCUCUCCAGAUCCCAAUGAAACCCCAAUUGAGAGGGAGAUCCGCUUGGCCAUCAAACGGGAGCAAAGCUUGCGCAGGUCCCGUGGCCUAAAACCUGAGGAAGACAAGACAAAGGAGUUUGUGGAGAUUCCUGUGAGGAAGUCCAUCCUUUCCCAGGAUCUGCCGCUCAAGUCCGUGAAGAAUGAAGGCAAGGACCGGCAGUUUGCUGGGAACAAAAUGCAGAGGGAAAUCAGGGCUGAGGUAGAAAGGGAGAAGGCUCUUGUCCAGCUGGGUAGGUUGCCUGGAUUUUAUGACAAAGGUACUGUGAGGCAACUUCGGGAGAAGAAGCUUCUGUUUGAAGCCUUCCAGGAAUCCAAAGAGGCUCCUGAAAUCCAGAUCAAGAGGCCGUCCUCUGUCAACUCCUGUGAGAUUUCUAAUGGUGGAACUCAGGUUGAUGAGAUGUCUGGCUUCCUUACAGAACGCACACGGAGCUUGGAGCAUCUGCUUCAAGAUCCGAGUGGUAACCAUUCAACAGUUGGCAAGUUGACUCUGACGUCCAGUGCACCCCGUGGUCCUGGACUCACUGAGGGUACCAAAGGUCAGGUGAUCAUCCUAGAAAACACUCCUUCACCUGUCGCUCAUGCAUUUGGCCAGGUGGAAAAUCCGACCAACAGGUCUGUGACUGUAGUGGAUGGGUCAGGAAGGUCUUUCUCCGUAAAGCCCUACUGUGUCGGUCGAGUGCAAAACCAGGAUGACAGCACUGAAGAUGGCAAUAAUGAUGAACAGUCAGCCACUCUAAAUGAAAACCCUUUCUUCAAGCUGCGAUCGUCACUGUCUCUACGGCCAGAAGUGCAGCAGGACAUCCGGGAGGCCAGAGAGAGAGAAAAGGAGCUUCGCAAGCAAAGGACCAGCCUUUAUGGCCAGGGGUCAGAGGUUGAGGGUGCCAGAUCCCCUACAAAUACCCCGUCGACAAACAGAAACCUGACUGCAUCACAGGAGCCAGCAAAAACAUCGAUCACAAUUACAACUACAUCAGUGCGUCAGUCUCUUGGUAAGCUGGAUGUGACGUGGCCUCCUCCACCACCAGAAGAACACAAAGCACAGUCUGAGGUCCUGAAAAGUCCGAAGCGGCAAAAGAAUGUGUUGCUACAGCGCUGGGAGAACGGCCUGGUCAAUGGACAUGGAGACCAGCAGGAAUGACCACUGCACACCUUGGAAAACCACUGCGAUGGGAUAAAAAAAAACACCUCCAACAGGUGCCGCAGCUUAAAGCCUGUUGGCUGCAUGUUUAGAUAAGGAAACUCACUGAAAGCUAAUAUGCUAAUGUUAGCCGAUAUGCUGGAAGACUGGAGCUUCAGAACAAGUGUAAACACACUGCCCUCUGACAGAGAGAGGACUGUGGACACCGAGCUGACCAGCAGCUGCAGGACGAGAGCAGACGGAGCUGGAAGAAUUGAAUUAAUGCUUGAUAAACAUGCCAUCAUUCUUUAGUUAGCCAUUAGCGUCCAGAUGAACACUGGACGUGAGCUUAUUUGCUUUAUGAAGUUUCUGCACUUUGUGGUAAACAACAACGUUUCAGUGCUGACACGUUUUUUUUUUCUGUGUACAUUUUUGCUCCAAUGUCACAGUUACGAGGUCAUUCAGUAGUGAAAAAGGAACUUUGCUACAUGCUAAAUGUAAGUUCGCACCCCUGUGCGCUGAACUGAUGUCAUAAAGGCCCAUUCACACCAAAUCUGACUUAUAGAGACACAAAAAAAAGUUUUAAGAAAACGAAGAUACGUACAUUAAUGCUAUCUUUCACAUUGAGUCCAAAACUAACAGACUGCGACUCAGCAACUUUUUGUGUCUGAGCCUCUUUUGGCACCAAGUUGGUUUGUGUGCAAAAUUGUACACAGGGGAAAAAAUUGGCUUUGAAACUCAAUAGUUGAACCCAUUGUGCAUAAAAGUGCUAUUUUUCUAAGGCAGUAGGUGCUUCCUUUAGGCAUGUUCUCAACUAUUAAACGACGCACAAUCUGAGUGGUAUGUAUCAUAGCUAGAAGGUAAAUUUAAUUAACCUCAAAACACUCUCUGACAAGUCAUAUUGCUUAUUAUUAAUGUCUCAUUGAUUAAAAAAUCGAUUCAAUUACAGUUCUUUUGGUAGAGUUCAGCUCAGUGCAUCAGGAAAUGUCUAAUUUCAGCAUGGUUUGAUUAUUUUGCUACAGUUGUGAAUUAUUUUAAAACUACACUGAACCGCGAAUGUAACUGAAGGAGUUUACACAGUAGUUGAAUAUAGACAAUAAUACAGAUCUAAUUAAUAUAUGCAAACUUCUAUUUUACUAACUAAAAACUAAUAUUUUUUUAAAGAAUUUCACUCUGGCCCAAAAAAUGAGCAUGUACUUCAUUGUACAUUAUUAAAAUGAAGUAUAAUUGAUUCUAUCCUGCCAAAAUUGACGCAUAUUUACAUAGAAUAAUCAACAAAAAGUCAGAUGAAUGUAGCGUUGCUCAGUAGAACAAAUGCCAUGAAAAUAAAGACAGUCUUUUUAAUGCUC